CCUUCUACGAUAUCUUCUCACACUUCAUGAUUUCACGCAGAAUAGACAUCGCGCCGUGCUCGCAGUCCAAUUCCACGCAGAACAGCACUCUCGCAUGGUGCACUCGGCUGCGGUGGUGCAGUCGUCGCCAACCUCGGCCCAGCCACGCCCUCUCACACCAUCACGCUAUCACGUCCCCUUCCCCCAGCACCCACCCGCCAUCCACGCCAAUGCCCCCAGAUGCCCGCCGCAGACUUCGCCGCCGCGCAGCAACGCAUAGCAGCCCGCCGCGCCCAGCGCCUCGCACACCAACGACAACACCACCAUGAGCCGCCCACGCCCACGGCCCGCGCCCUGUCGCGCCUCCCCUUUCCCCUCGCUGGCCUCAGCAGCGUCGGCCGCAGCGCCUGGGACGCCAUCAAGGGCCGCGAGGGUACCCGCCCCUCGUUCCGCGUCGGCCAGGUCGACGCCGAGCUGCUGGACGACGAGCUGCUCGCCCUGAUGAAGGCCCAGGUCGGCGAGGGCCUCAAGUACUUCGGCACACACAUCACCGACAACUACACGCCCGAGAUCCUGCUCGCCCUGCGCCUCGUCCUGUUCAAGCUGUCCAUCUGGAACAACAACGCGUCGUACGGCGCCCAUCUACAGGGCCUGCGCUACUCGGACGCGCGCUCGUCGGCCCCCAACCGCCCACCGCCCAAGCCCUGGCAGAAGACAGCCUACGGCUUCCUGAUGGUCGGCGGCCGGUACGCGUGGACAAAGUGGGAGGAGUACCUACUCUCCGCGUCGGAAGACUACACGCGCCCGGAGAGCCCGCGCCUGACCUUCCUCGCCGGGCUGACGGAGCGCAUCAACUCGGCCCACGACAUGGCCUCCCUCGCCUCCUUCCUCGUCUUCCUCGUCAACGGCCGCUACCGCACCCUCACAGACCGCCUGCUGCGCCUGCGCCUCACGCCCACCAGCCACGCCACCUCGCGCGAAGUAUCCUUCGAGUACCUCAACCGCCAACUCGUCUGGCACGCCUUCACAGAGUUCCUGCUCUUCCUCCUCCCGCUCGUCGGCAUCACGCGCUGGCGCCGCAUCCUCACCCGCUCAUGGCGCAAACUCCAAUCCACACUCCUCUCACUACUAGGCCGCGCGCCCCCAUCCCCCACCGACUCCGACACCGACCCCGACUCCACCACCAAAUCAGGCGAGCUCGCCUUCCUCCCCGAACGCACCUGCGCAAUCUGCUACCGCGACCAAAACCCCACAACCGCAACAGAAGCAGACAUCCUCUCCCAAUCCCUCUCCGGCGGCGUCGUCGGCUCCGCAGCAACAGACAUCACGAACCCCUACGAAACUAUCGAGUGCGGCUGUAUAUACUGCUUCGCGUGCGUCGCGCAGCGCAUCGCGAAUGAAGAGGGCGAGGGCUGGACGUGUCUGCGCUGCGGCGAGGUGGUCAAGCAGUGCCGGCCGUGGGGUGGCGAUGUGCUCGAAGCAAAGCGUCGGUAUGAUGAGCCUGCUGCAAGUGCCGAGCAGGGGAAGAGCGUGCUGUUUGCUAGUACACAGCAUCAAACGCCACUGGAGAAUGUGGAUCCUACGCCCCAUGUAGACGCGGAUUCGGAUGAUGCUACGUUCCCGCUCUCGACGCCUACCCACGACGAUGAUGAGGAUGAUGAGAGCGAGGAAGAAGACGAGCAAGUACAGCAUAAGAGGCCAAUGCAUCUAGCUGACUCCCUGGCUUUCACUGAGACGUCGGAAUGGGCGCGCGAAAGCGAUGCGAGGAGUUCUAGUAGUGCGAGUGGGAGUCAUAGCCAUGAUGAGGAAGAAGAUGAUGAUGAAGAUACGGAGGAGGAUCAGCAGAGUGAGGAUUUGAGCAGUGAAUAUCUGUUGAAUUGGUAAUGCGUGGAUUGGGGUGGGAUGGGGACUUUAUUGUGGUUUAUUGGAACGGUAAUGGAGGUUUUUAUAUAUAAUUUAGCGUCUUCCGGCGGUUUUUGUUGAUAUCAGGAUCUUUAGUUAUGAGAGAGAAAGAGAGAGGUCAGAGUCAAAAGCUUUAGGUAUUAGUGAGUGGGUGUUUAUACGACGAGUAACACUGCAGAUAUCCAUGGCUUCUGAUUUGCUUGC